AUGCGCACGAGCCUGUCCCGCCUGCCGCGCCCGACGGCGGCGACGAGCAAGCGCUGGCUGAACCUGCACGAGUACCAGAGCGCGGCGAUCAUGGCGAGCCACGGCGUCAACGUGCCGCCCGGCAUCGCGGCGACGUCCGUCGCCGACGCCGUCGCCGCGGCCAAGGAGCUCGGCGGCGACGAGGUCGUCAUCAAGUCGCAGAUCCUCGCCGGCGGCCGGGGCCUGGGCACGUUCACGAACGGCUUCCAGGGCGGCGUGCACGUCAUCGACAGCGCGAAGACGGCCGAGUACGCCGAGAAGAUGAUCGGCGCGACGCUCGUCACCAAGCAGUCCGGCGCCGAGGGCAAGCCCGUCAACGUCGUCAUGGUCGCGGAGAAGAUGAACCUCGUCAACGAGAUGUACUUCGCCAUCCUCCUGGACCGCGCGUUCGGCGGGCCCGUCGUCGUCGCGUGCGCCGAGGGCGGCACGUCCAUCGAGGACCUCGCGGAGUCGUCGCCCGAGAAGAUCAUCAAGGUGCCCAUCGACGUCGUCGCGGGCCUCACGGACGCCAACGCCGAGGCUAUUGUGGCUGGUCUCGGGGUCUCCGGCGACAAGGAAGCGGCGAAGAAGCAGAUCGCGUCUUUAUACGAGGUCUUCAAAAGCUGCGACUGCACCAUGGUCGAGGUGAACCCCCUCGCCGAGGACGACCAGGGCACGCUCAUCGCCGCGGACGCGAAGAUCGGCUUCGACGACAACGCGGCCUUCCGCCAGAAGGACAUCUUCGCGCAGCGCGACGAGUCGCAGGAGGACCCGCGCGACGUCGCCGCCGAGAAGUGGGACCUCAACUACAUCGGCCUCGACGGGUCCAUCGGCUGCAUGGUCAACGGCGCCGGCCUCGCCAUGGCGACCAUGGACAUCAUCCAGAUGCACGGCGGCAGUCCCGCGAACUUCCUCGACGUCGGCGGGAGCGCGACGAAGGAGCAGAUCGUCGAGGCCUUCAAGAUCAUCACGUCGGACUCGAACGUCAAGGCGCUCCUCGUCAACAUCUUCGGCGGCAUCAUGAAGUGCGACGUCAUCGCCGAGGGCAUCGUCGCCGGCGUCAAGGAGGUCGGCCUCGAGAUCCCCCUGGUCGUGCGCCUCGAGGGCACGAACGUCGAGCUCGGCAAGAAGAUCAUCGACGAGAGCGGCCUCAACAUCACGUCCGCCGACGACCUCGACGACGCGGCGAAGAAGGCCGUCGCCGCCAUCUAG